AUGCUUCUCUUAGAACCAGCUGCCAGACGUCGGUCGCUUCGCACACAGUUCCUGCUGCACGCCGCCUUACCUCACGCGAGCGGUGAUUCAAGUCCUCGAGCGCAGCGACGUCCGCCCGCGUGGCCGCCGGCCGAUGCGCUGGUAGUGGCGGCGUGUGGCGCGGCGGCGGGUGGCGGCGUGGUGCAGCACACGGUGUGGGAGCGGGCGCGGCUGGUGGCGCUGCCGCAGCCGGUGGCGGUGGCGGUGGCGGUGGCGCGGCCCGUGCCCGUCGCCGUGGCCGAGCCGGUGGCGGUGGUGCGGCCGCGCGCCGUGCCGGUGCCCGUGCCGCUGCCCGUGCCGGUGGCCGUGCCGCGCCCCGUGGCCGUGCCCGUGGACCGGCCCUUCCCGUACCCGGUGGCGCGGCCGGUGCCGGUCACCGUCACGCAGCCCGUGCACUACCCGGUGCCGCUGCCGUACGCCGUGCACGUGCCGCACGCGGUGCCGGUGCCGGUGCACGCGCCUGCGCACACGCACGCCGCCGCCGACACGCUCCUCGACGAUCACCGACAUGCCAUACAACACCCCUACUGA